AUGCCCGUCACACGCGACGUCCUUCGAAGCUUCGGCCGUUCCGCCAGGACAACCCUGCUGGCUGACACCGCAACUUCUGCAGCAGUGAGGGCGAAGGUCGAGGACUUCAGGGCCGGCGAGAAGUGGGCAAAGAACUUCGUGAAGCGCAACAACAUCCACAGCGUGCGACUUCAUGGCGAGGCUGGUAGCGUCAACAUGGCGGCUAUCAAGGAGGGCAUGGACGAAGUCAGGGCCCUUUGCGCGAAGUACCCGGCUAGGUUCAUCUUCAACGUCGACGAGACAGGCCUCCAGUGGAAGCUCCUGCCCAGGCGCACGUACCUUUCCACCUCGGAGGAUCGGAAGACGGCGCGGGGUUCAAAGAGCAUGUACUUCAAGGACCGACUGUCUGCCUUCAUGUGCUGCAACGCCGACGGCACUGCGAAGGUUGACAUGGCCAUCAUCGGGAGGGCAAAGGAACCCCGCUGCUUCAAGAGCGCGCCUUCACCUCUCAAGUACUACUCGCAAACCAACGCGUGGUCCGACUCUGCGACGUUCCUCAAGUGGUGGCUUCAAGUCUUCCUCCCGUUCGUUCGGCGCUUCACUCACGAACCUGUGCUGCUGCUGAUGGACGGCUGUGCCUCUCACGGUGAUCUCGUGGAUGACCGGGGGCAAGUGACCGUCAAGUUCUACCCUCCGAAGUGCACCUCCGUACACCAGCCCAUGGAUCUGGGGAUCAUUGCCAAGACGAAAGUGGUCUUCAGGAAGGAGUUGCUCGACGUGAAGACAUCAACUAUGUUGGUGGCUGACACACUUCGCGCCCAGGCGAAAGCCCGCAAGAUGAAGGCCGGGACAAUGGGGCUGGCGCAAGGGCACCAACCUCAUCUGCGGGACGCCGCAGAACUUCUCAAGAAAGCAUGGGCCAGCAUCACCGCCCAGGAUAUCGCCAGGUGAGGUUUGAACGUGUGGUAUCGCUUGUUUUUUUUUUCAGCUCCCUCAAGUGCGCGUGGCUUUGGUGGUGCGAUACGUGGGGACAGGCGGGGACAGCUGUACGGACAGUGUGGCAUAGGUUUCUUCCUUUUUUUUUGACUGCGUAUUGCAGCAUCCGGAUAUGCCCAUUUUNUUUUUCUUGUCACAUCCAAGGGGGUGCGCCAGGCAGACAUUACAGAAUUGCUGCUACGUUGCGAGGGCGGGGAGAACAGCUGUGGUAGAGUACAGUACUUAUGUAAUGGUCAUUUAUUUUCCGUGCGGUGCGCUUCCUGUCGUGCUUGUGUUCUUGGGGUUGUUUUGAUUCUUUCUUGCGACAUCCAAGGGCGCCAGGCAGACGUUACAGAAUUGCUGCUAUCAUACGUUGCGAGGGCGGGGAGAACAGCUGUGCACCCUCCUGGAGCCAUCUGAUUGGCCGACGACCGCCCCUACCCGGCCCUGGCCCUAUUCCCACCGGGUGCACCCGAUUUUGGCUACUCACCCCCCGGAGGAAUACUCGAUCUUACUCUCGCCUACCCGAAAAUGGCUGGGCUAUUCGACCAACAGACCAACAGCAGACCACGCUCACGAACACACGUCCCCAACACCCCGCACUCGAGUUCCGACGCUUCUGACGGCGGUCGGAGGCGGACCUAACACG